CUCUUCCCUCCCUGCCAAAUUGUGCGCCCGCCCCCGGCCCGCCCCCGGGAAGGUUCUGGGCGUGCGCGGUGCAUUGUGGGCCGGGAGCGAGCAGCCGCCGCCAUGAUGCCAACGCCGGUUAUCCUGCUGAAGGAGGGCACGGACACCUCGCAGGGCAUCCCGCAGCUGGUCAGCAACAUCAACGCGUGCCAGGUGAUCGCCGAGGCCGUGCGCACCACGCUGGGCCCGCGCGGCAUGGACAAGCUCAUCGUGGACGACCGGGGCAAAGCCACCAUCUCCAACGACGGGGCCACCAUCCUGAAGCUGCUGGAUGUUGUCCACCCGGCCGCGAAGACCUUGGUGGACAUCGCCAAGUCCCAGGAUGCUGAGGUGGGUGACGGCACCACGUCGGUGACCCUGCUGGCAGCCGAGUUCCUGAAGCAGGUGAAGCCCUACGUGGAGGAGGGGCUCCAUCCCCAGAUCAUCAUCCGCGCCUUCCGCACGGCCACGCAGCUGGCUGUGAACAAGAUCAAAGACAUCGCUGUCUCCGUGAAGAAGGAGGAUAAAGAUGAGCAGAGGAGUCUCCUGGAGAAAUGUGCAGCCACAGCCCUGAGCUCCAAGCUCAUCUCCCAGAGCAAGGAGUUUUUCUCCAAGAUGGUUGUAGAUGCUGUGAUGAUGUUGGAUGACUUGUUGCAGCUCAAGAUGAUCGGGAUAAAGAAGGUGCAAGGAGGAGCUUUGGAAGACUCACAGCUGGUGGCUGGAGUUGCCUUCAAGAAAACCUUCUCCUACGCUGGGUUUGAGAUGCAGCCCAAGAAGUACCAGUCCCCCAAAAUCGCCCUGCUCAACGUGGAGCUGGAGCUGAAAGCUGAGAAGGACAACGCUGAGGUCAGAGUCAACACGGUGGAGGAUUACCAGGCCAUCGUGGAUGCAGAGUGGAACAUCCUGUAUGACAAACUGGACAAGAUCCACAAGUCAGGAGCCAAGGUGGUCCUGUCCAAGCUCCCCAUUGGGGACGUGGCCACGCAGUACUUCGCAGACAGGGACAUGUUCUGUGCCGGCCGCGUCCCGGACGAGGAUCUCAAGAGGACCAUGAUGGCCUGUGGGGGAUCCAUCCAGACCAGUGUCAAUGCCCUGUCUGAUGACGUGCUGGGCCGCUGUGAGCUCUUUGAGGAGACCCAGAUUGGGGGAGAGAGGUACAACUUCUUCACGGGCUGCCCCAAGGCCAAGACGUGCACCAUCAUCCUGCGCGGGGGCGCCGAGCAGUUCAUGGAGGAGACGGAGCGCUCCCUGCACGACGCCAUCAUGAUCGUCAGGAGGGCCAUCAAGAACGACUCGGUGGUGGCGGGCGGCGGGGCCAUCGAGAUGGAGCUCUCCAAGUUCCUGCGGGACUACUCGCGCACCAUCCCGGGCAAGCAGCAGCUGCUGAUCGGCGCCUACGCCAAGGCCCUGGAGAUCAUCCCCCGGCAGCUCUGCGACAACGCCGGCUUCGACGCCACCAACAUCCUCAACAAGCUGCGAGCCAAGCACGCCCAGGGCGGGAUGUGGUACGGCGUGGACGUGACCAACGAGGACAUUGCAGACAAUUUCUCGGCGUGCGUGUGGGAGCCGGCCGUGGUGCGCAUCAACGCGCUGACGGCCGCCUCGGAGGCCGCGUGCCUCAUCGUGUCCGUGGACGAGACCAUCCGCAACCCCCGCUCCACCGUGGACGCUGCUCCCCGCGGCCGCGGCCGGGCCCGGCCCCACAACCACUGAGCGCUCGGGAAAAGCCGCUGGAACCGGCGCCUGCUCCCUCCCCUUCGCAGGGCUCGGCAGCCCCGGGCUGGCUGCGGGCACAGGCGGCUCCUGGAGCUGCCCUGCCCUGCCUGGUGCUGCCCUGCCCAGCGCUGCCUCGCUGGCCUGGGCGUUCCUUCCCUGGGAGCUUUCCCUCCCUGGGAGUGUUGCCUCCUCAGGAGCCUUCCCUCCUCCAGACCCUUCCCUCCCUGGGAGCGUUCCCUCCUCCAGACCCUUCCCUCCUCGGGAGCCUUCCCUCCCUGGGAGUGUUCCCUCCUCCAGACCCUUCCCUCCUCAGAACCCUUCCCUCCUCCAGACCGUUCCCUCCUCCGGGCUGGAGCCAGCGCAGGGAGGGCUUUGGGGCCUAUUUAUACUGGUUUGUGUUUUGUUCUGCUGGCUCCAGCACAAUAAAACGAGUUUGUCUCAGUGGCA